AUGCCGAACUGGGGAGGAGGAAAGAAGUGUGGCGUGUGUCAGAAGGCGGUGUACUUCGCUGAGGAGGUGCAAUGUGAAGGCAGCAGCUUCCACAAGUCCUGCUUCUUGUGCAUGGUCUGUAAGAAGAACUUGGACAGCACCACUGUUGCUGUGCACGGAGAGGAGAUCUACUGCAAGUCCUGCUAUGGCAAGAAGUACGGCCCCAAGGGCUAUGGAUACGGGCAGGGAGCAGGGACCCUGAGCACUGACAAGGGCGAGUCCCUGGGAAUCAAAUAUGAAGAGGGCCAGCCCCACCGACCCACCAACCCUAAUGCAGCCAGAAUGGCCCAGAAAGUCGGAGGUGCUGAUGGGUGCCCUCGCUGUGGUCAAGCAGUAUAUGCAGCCGAGAAAGUGAUUGGAGCUGGAAAGUCCUGGCACAAGUCCUGCUUCCGCUGCGCCAAGUGUGGCAAAAGCCUGGAGUCCACCACCCUGGCAGACAAAGACGGGGAGAUCUACUGCAAAGGUUGCUACGCCAAGAACUUUGGUCCCAAGGGCUUUGGUUUUGGGCAAGGCGCUGGCGCACUCGUCCACUCGCAGUGAGGCACCAGGAGCCGGGCUCUCCGCUCGCUCAGGGCUUGUCCAGACCAGCCUGUGCUGCCCGACCCUUCCCGCACCCGCAGUGAGCAUCCUCACCAUCAUCAAUAACCACCCGCUGCUUCACAGCACGAGCCCCUUCCUCCCCGCCCUGACCCAGCGCACCCUGAAGCUGUGGGAGUCCCAGCAUCAUCCCCAUCGGGUACUGCUGGUGCGGGUGCCGGCGGGGAGAGUGCUCACACCCACCUGCAGCAAGGCCUGUGUGCCCAAAACGUUCUGCUCCGCGUUGCCCAUCCUGCCAGGAUGCAAGCUCAGCCGUGCCAUGCCGUGUCACCGAGAAAGCAAUAAACAUCAAAGCUGACCCAU